AUGGUGGCGUCUUCUGUCACACCCGGCUCAGGCAAAUCAAAGCUGGACACGUUACCCAAAGAAGAUCUCAUCAAGUUUGCAAAAAAGCAAGUGAUGCUUAUACAGAAAGUGAAGUCAAGAUGUACAGAACUAGAGAAAGAGAUUGAAGAGCUCAAAUCUAAAGCAACUACUGGAGGAGCUGAUGAUAUUAUUCAGGCUCUCACAGAAAGACUGGAUGUUGUACUUCUGGAAAAAGCUGAAACUGAGCAGCAGUGCAUAGCUCUGAAAAAAGAAAAUGUUCAAAGAAAGAAAGAAGCAGAGGCUGCAGUGGCUGAGACAGAAGAAUUGCAGAAGCAACUGGAGCAAUCAAGUACUGACUCUCUGGAAGAAAUAGAAGCUCUGAAGAGGGAAUUAGCAAAUGCCCAAUGUAAACACAAUGAAGAUGUAGCAAAGCUGAAAAUGGAAUUAGAAGAACAAGUGAAGAAACAAGUGGGGCUGAUGGAACAUAUUGAAUGUCUUAGCGAUAGUCAAAAAGAAGUUAAAAGAUUACAAGAUGAUGUCCAAAGAAUUAAAUCUACUUACGAGGAGCAAAUUUUUUGUCUCAGCAAGCAGCUGGAAACUGUGAAUGAAGACAAAAACAAAGAAGUGACAAAUCUGCUAGAAACUUUGAAAAGCAACUCUGAGUGUUACCAUAAUGAAAUAAAAAAUCUGAAUGAAGAACUUAAGAAACUAAAAAUUGUCCAUCAGGAAGAAGUGUCAACGUUGAUGCAUCAGAUUGAAAUAGCAUCUAAAGAAAAUGAAGAAAAGCAAAAUCAGAUAAAUCAGUUACAGCAGAGUUUGGCAGAGGAGGGCUUAAUGAAAGAGAAAAAUGCAAAGGAUGAAAAAUGUGCUUGUACUGACCAGCAUGAAUAUGAUUUGGAGCAGCUGAGAGAAGUCUUAAAUAAAAAUGUAGAAAAUAAAGUAGGCAUUGUAGAUACACGAGAAGAACCUUGUGUAGAAGCGACAAUGGAAGAAAAGGUUAGGCAGCUGGAGCAUAGUUUGGAAGAGCUCCGGUCCCAACAUAGUAUAUUAGAAGAUGAGUUAACUUACAUGAGUAAUGUUAAACUAAAACUGGAAGAGGAAAUCCAUCACAUAAAGGAUGAGUACUUUCGUGAGAGGGAAGACUUGGACUUUAAGAUAAAUGAAUUGCAGCUUACUAAAGAAGACUACUGUUGUGCAAUUGAAAAACUAAAAUUGGAGCUUCAGGCAGCAAGACAGCACUGUGAAACUGCUGUAAAAGAGCAUAAGUUAGAGACUCAGACUCUGAAAGAGCAACAUAAGAGAGAAAUUUCUGAACUAAGUGAAUCUUUAUUAUCUGCUUCUGAAAAAGAAAAGAUGGCAUUAGUUUUUGAAAUGCAGGAACUUAGAGACCAACUUGAAAAGCUAAGUCAGGAGAAGGAAGAAGCAGUGUCCAGUUACAACAGCCUGAGAGAAACAAUGGAAACUCUACAGGCUGAGCUAGGGGAAUCUGCUGGAAAGAUCAGCCAGGAGUUUGAAUCAAUGAGACAACAGCAAGCUUCUGAUGUCAGUGAACUGCAACAGAAACUCCGGGCUGCUUUCAAUGAAAAGGAUGUUCUUCUUGAAACUGUCAAUUGCCUCCGGGAAGAAAUAGAAAAGUUGUCAUCUAAUCAGCCAGAGCUAGAAGAGCUUAAAUGUAAAAUUCUUAGUCUACAGGAGGAGAAUAACACAAUAACAAGCUUCAUCAACCAAAAAGAGACUGCUAUAAAAGAACUGGAAGAGAAGAUAUUUUCUCUUACUGAUCAAAACAAGAAUAUUUUAAAUGAAGUAAAAUGCUUGGGUGAAGAGAGAGAAACCCUUCAGGAAAGGUACAAGCAAGAACAAGAAAAAAUUCAGGAACUUCAGCAAGAAAUAGAUGUUGCUAACCAGUACAAUAGUGACCUGAAGAAAAAGGUGGAAGAAUUAACAGAGAGACUGAACGAAGCUUUAACUAGGAAGAAUGAAAAUGCUCAAACGCUAGAGCAACUGGAAAACCAGAUUGAAUCUCUGGUGCGUGAAAGAGAGAGCCUUUCGUCUGAAGCAUAUACUCUUCAUGAGGAAAACAAGAAAAUAAUUGAGGAAAAAGGCAAAUUAAGUGAAGAGCUGGAAAAGAUUACCUCUGAAAAAGAUGGUUGGUUGGUGUUGAAAGAGCAGUCUGAAAACUUGGAAAAGAAACUACAAAUGAUGACUGCAGAAAAAGACCAUAUAUCAACAUUACUUGAAAGUGAACAAGAGCACAGAUCCCUUGUAAGAUCUCAGCUGUACCACUUACUUGAGCAAGUAGGGUCCAGUAUUUCAGGUUACAGUGAAGAGUGUGAUUCUCUUAACUUGUUAGAAAUUGCAAAUGAAUAUAUGUCCAAAAUAACAGAGCAGCAGUGCCUUGCUCUACAAAAGGAGGAGGAAGUUCUUCAUUUGCAGCGGGAAGUUUCAAGGCUAGAGGAAGAAAAUGCAGCUCAAUAUACAGAACAUAGAUCCCUGAUUCAGGAUGUUGAAAGAGAAAAGGAACUCUUGAAAGAAGAAUUGGAAGAAGUGUUGUCUGAAAAAGAAGCACUUCAAUGUGAUCUCCAGGAGCUGAAGAAUGCCAGUGAAAAAACAAGGAUUGAAAAUCGAGAUCUUUUAGCUAAUACUGAAGAGCUUACUCAAAAACUUAAUUCAGUGGAGACAAUGACUGAGAAAACUGAUCAACAGUCUUCAGUAACAGAGCUUCAGGAAAAAAUUGGUAUCUUUCUCACUGUUCUCUUUCAUAAAGAAUCUGCAGAAAAAGGAGAGAAGCUAAAUAAAAUUAAGGUUGUUGCUGUGAAAGCAAAGAAAGAAUUAGAUGCCAGCCGAAAAGAGAUGCAAACUCUGAGGGAGGAAUUGGAGUUGGCUCGAUCAGAAAAAGAUCAGUUGUCUGCUUCAAUGAAAGAUGUCAUUCAAGGAGCUGAAAGCUAUAAGAAUCUUUUGGUGGAAUAUGAUAAGCAAGGAGAACUGCUGGAUUCUGAAAAAGGCAGAGCAAAUAAUCUUGAACAUCGGAUAGAAGACCUCACAAGACAGCUACAGGUGUCAUCCCAGCAGCAUGAUCACUUACGCUCCGCUAACGAAGACCUCCUGGCUCGUGUUGAAACACUGCAACAUAAUGCUAAACUGCUGGAAGGUCAGAUACUGGAGAUACAAAAAGCCAAGGCAAAGGCUGACAAAGAACUAGAAACUGAAAAGCUUCUUAAAGAACAGAAAACAAAGGAACAUAGUGGUGUUCUCCGAGAAAUGGAGGAGCUUCAGAUGCAACUUCAGAAGGAAAAGAAACAUCUGCAGAAAACUAUGCAAGAACUAGAGCUGGCCAGAAAGGAUGCUCAGAAAAGUACACUGAUGGAUAUGGAAAUAGCUGAUUAUGAAAGGCUAGUAAAAGAACUUAAUCAGAAGAUUACUGAUAAAGACAGCAAAAUAGAAGAUCUCGAGCAAGAGACAGGGAUUCAGAAACAGAAGCAAGAGACCCUACAGGAAGAAAUAAAGUCACUUCAGUCAACUAUGCAGCAGGAUGAGGAAAGAAAUGCCAAGAUAAAACAACUCCUGGUGAAAACCAAAAAAGAGCUGGCUGAUUCAAAACAAGCUGAAAAUGACCAUCUAGUGUUGCAGGCAUCCUUAAAAGGGGAACUGGAAGCCAGUCAACAACAAGUGGAAGCUUAUAAGAUUCAAGUGGCUGAACUAACAUCAGAAAAGCAUAAAGUUCAGGAACUCCUGCGAACUUCUUCGGAGCAACACCAGCGUGCACUGAGUGCCUACCAGCAAAAAAUUGCAACCUUGCAAGAAGAGUGCAGUGCAGCCCAGGCUGAACAAGCAUCUGUUACAUCUGAAUUCGAGAGCUACAAAGUCCGUGUUCAUAAUGUUCUAAAGCAGCAAAAGAAUAAAUCUGCUUCUCAGACAGAAUCCGAGGGAGCCAAAAAAGAAAGAGAGCAAUUGGAAAUGGUGAUAGAGCAACUUAAAGUUAAGCUGCAAGAUGCUCAGCAUAGUUCACAGCUGAAUGCAUCUGAACUCGAGGUGUUGCAGUCUGAACACGACACCCUGCUGGAAAGACACAAUAAGAUGCUGCAAGAGACUGUUGCAAAAGAGGCAGAACUCCGUGAAAAGCUCUGCACAAUACAGUCUGAGAACAUGGUCAUGAAAACAGAGCAUGCCCAGACUUUGAGUCAGCUGACAGCCCAGAAUGAAGCUCUCCGGAACAAUUUCAGAGAUCAAGUCAGGAACCUGCAAGAAGAGCACAGGAAGACAGUAGAGACACUUCAGCAGCAACUGUCCAGAGUAGAAUCUCAGCUCUUCCAACUCAAGAGUGAACCAAGUCCGGCUGUUUCAAACCCAGCGACGAAGACCUUGAGAGAAGGGCGAAACACUGACCUUCCUCUUCUUGAUGUAUACACUGUAGCUAGGGAAGAGGGAGAAGGUAUGGAAACAACGGACACAGAGUCUGUCUCUUCAGCCAGCACUUAUAUACCAUCCUUGGAACAACUUCUGAACUCCCCAGAAGCAAAACCUGAGCCACCUCAGUGGCAAACAGAACUCACCAAGGAUGAACUGAUUCAAAAACUUAACACAACAGCGAAGAGUGCUGAUCACUUGAAUGAAUUACUUCGUGAAUCAGAAGCAACCAAUGCAAUCCUGAUGGAACAAAUAAAGCUUCUUAAGAAUGAAAUAAGAAGAUUGGAAAGAAAUCAAGAGAGAGAAAAGUCUGUGGCUAAUCUAGAAUACUUGAAGAAUGUUCUACUGCAGUUCAUAUUCCUAAAAUCAGGAAGUGAGAAGGAAAGGCUGCUCCCAGUAAUAGACACCAUGUUGCAGCUCAGCCCUGAAGAGAAGGGGAAGCUAGUUGCAAUUGCCCAAGGUGAGGAAGAGAGUGGCUCACGGACCUCUGGAUGGGCUUCAUACCUCCACAGCUGGUCAGGACUUCGAUGA